AUGGCGGCCAUCCAAGAAUUUCCGGCCAUCAUCACCCAGACGCCCACCAUGAAGCCAAAACUGCUCCCACUCCGGUGGCCCAGCACCCUAGCCCAGCUCAACCCGAUACCACACAAGUACCGCUCGCCCCGCAAGCUGCGCCUACAACUCCGGGGCUCCAAGAGUGAGCAACAAGCCGAUGAUGUCACCAAGUUGCAAACUUCGUUCGAUAUGUCGCGGUCGCUCCAAGCGUUGCGCACGAGACGGUGGACGCUCUGGGACCUUCAGCAUGCCGCCACAUUGGGAUGCAUUCUCUUCUCGCUGGCGAUUCUCCCGUCGGCACCAUUCAUAAAGACGGGUGUGCUGGUCGGGCUCGCGGCCUUGCUCCUCAUGCCGAUCACACAGCAGUUUUUCCUGCCGUCAUUACCAAUCUGGACAUAUCUGCUUUAUUUCUUCUCGAGUCGAUUCAUCGCUUCCGACUACCGGCCACACAUCUGGGUGAAGGUGCUCCCUGCCCUGGAGAACGUCAUGUACGGCGCGAACCUCUCCAACAUCCUCUCGGAGCACACCCACCCCGUGCUAGAUAUCAUCGCCUGGGUCCCCUAUGGCCUUGGCCACUUCGCCCUGCCCCUUAUCUGCAGCGUCAUGAUGUUCCUGUUUGCCGCUCCGGGAACCACCCCCGUCUUUGCCCGCGCUUUCGGGUACCUGUCGAUGCUGGGCGUCACCAUCCAGCUCAUCUUCCCCUGCACCCCGCCGUGGUACGAGAAGCUGCACGGCCUGGAGCCCGCCCACUAUGGCAUGGAGGGUUCACCCGCCGGCCUGCGCCGCAUUGACGAGCUGUUCAAUGUCGACAUGUACACGACGAGCUUCACCACCGCCCCGGUGCCCUUCGGUGCUUUCCCCAGCCUGCACGCUGCCGACGCUAUCCUCGAGGCGCUCUUCAUGCAGUACUGCUUCCCGCGCUUCCGCCCAUUCUUCAUCUUCUAUGCCCUCUGGAUUUCCUGGUCCACCAUGUAUCUCAACCAUCACUAUGCCGUGGAUCUUGUCGGUGGUGGCAUCUGCGCCGCGGUCGCGUACUACAUCGCCCGUACCAAGUUCCUUCCGCGCCCACAGCUCGAUAAGUCGACCCGCUGGGAGUAUGAGUACGUUGAGCACGGCGACCGCCCGCGCUCUAUCGACGAAGAGUUUGGCCUCGGCCGGUCGGGAUAUGGUCUCGGUUCGUUGAGGCGGCCUGGGACGGGCGAUAGCGACGAGUGGACGCUAGGCAGCAGCUCGAGCUUCGAUUCGAUGAGCCGCGGCGAUACCCUCUGCGGCAGCAGUAGUUCAACGCCAGGCAUCCUGAGCCCCACCACACCGAGCGAUGACCACUAUGAUGUGUGGAGCAAGGUGCGAGUCGCUUCUGGCAGGCAAGAUGAUGACUCUUCGUCUCAUUGA